GUUGAAUAAUAUAAGAAAGAUCCUGCUAUGUCUUCAACUACAAGUGUUAAUGAAGACAUCCUCACAAAAGUCCUUGGUCCUGAAAAAAAUACAUACAUGAGAGCUUUUGGAAGAGGAGUUACUCGGUCAAAGUUGCAAAUUGUGUCAGAAAGAGAUGACCAUCUGAUGAAGAUAGAAGGUCAAUGCAAAGAUUUGAAAGACAAAAUGCAACACAUGGAGCAACUCAUUGUUUCUUUAAUGAAAAAUCAAAAUACAUCUACUCGGAGUGAGGAGCAAUCAAAUGUCAAUGUUCAAUCAAAUUCUCAUGUUCAUUCCACUCAGAGUGUCAAGAACUACACAUUUGGCUCCAAAUGCAAAAUAUUAGAUUGGAUUGGAUCUGGAGAAAUUAUUGCAGAAGGUUAUUUUAUCUCAAGUGACCCAAAGGAUGAGGUUCACCAUGUUCCUCUUGGGCCUAGUGCUAUGAAAGUGGGGAUAGAUCUUGUGAGAAAGAAUGAUGCAUUUCUGUGGAGGCCUUCAACAGUUAUGUCUACUAUAGAAGAUGCUAUAGGUAGUAUAAUUGCAUGGCCAGCUGAUAAAGUUAUAAUUAGCUAAGCAAAUGGACUCACAACAAAGACAAGUGCACAAAGGAUGAUGAAUUGAAGGAUGGAGCAAGUUUCACGCAUGGUUUACUUUUGUGUAUCUUCUAAUGUUUCUAUUUUUCAUUUUUGAAGUAAAAAUUGUUCAAGAUUAUAAAAC